GCGCGUGACGCUUCAUGGACAGACUCCAUUUAUCUUGACAGCAUUUUAAAAGAGCUUAUGUGCCGUAUUUUAUCCUUCAGCCCAUCCUAAUGUUCUUGAUUCUCAAAAACUCCGAUAUAGCUACAAUAUUUAAUACAUUUAUAAAUAUGUAAGAGAAUCGUACACAUUUGUGCAUCUUAAGGCCGUUUAACGCACGAGCAGGACACCGCGGAGAGGCCAGUUAGCCGAAACCACCAGCACAAACAUGGACUCGACGUUUAAAGUGCAGCUCUUCAUUUAUGAUUUGUCUCGGGGAAUGGCACGCCAGAUCAGCCCGAUAAUGUUAGGAAAACAGCUUGAUGGGAUUUGGCACACAUCUAUAGUGGUCUAUGGAGAAGAAUUCUUCUAUGGUGGGGCCGGGAUCUCAAGUUGCCCACCGGGUGGGACGAUGCUGGGACCUCCAGACACAGUGGUUGAGCUGGGAAGUACAGAGGUGACAGAGGAGAUCUUAAUGGACUAUCUGUCUUCACUUGGAGAGACAACAUACAGUGGGGACAAGUACAGAUUGUUUGAGCACAACUGUAACACGUUCACUAAUGAGGUGGCCCAGUUUCUGACUGGCAAUAAAAUUCCCUCCUACAUUACAGAUCUGCCCUCUGAGGUGCUCUCCACGCCAUUUGGUCAGGUGUUGCGGCCAAUCCUGGACUCCAUACAUAUCGCCCCCCCUGGUGGGAAUGUCAUCAACAGCCAUAAUAAACACAGUUAGAUUAGCUUUAUAUUCACACAGACAUACACAUACAUACACAAUACGCAAUAAUUCACACAAAGGCUGUUUGUUCACACACGUUUGCCCUGUUGUAAAUGAGAGUUGGCUUGAAAAUCUUAUUCAUAGAGCACUUAUGAAUAAGAUCUGACCUAUCUUUGUCCACAUUCACAGUUAGACAAAAAGUUUGAGAAGUCCGUUCCUGCCUAAAAUGUUUUAUGCACAAGAUCAUGGGUCAUCCUCCCAUAUCACUGACGGUUCAUAUUUUUCAGUAUGGACUUCUCGGUUUCUAUGAUUUUCAUAUUAUUACGUAACUUUAUUUUGAAUCUCUACAGCCCACACAUGCAGAGGUCAUUUGUUGUUUAUUUUUAAGUUGACUUGUUAGGACAAUCCAACUUUUUUCCCUUAUUGUCAGUUUUGAUUCCUUUUACAGUAUUUUGUGCAGCCUGUUCAAGUUUUUUUUUUUUCCAAUGCUCAGCUGUACCUGUUCAUGUUUUAAUACUGUAGUUGCAAGCCAAAAAAGUGAAAAGAAUAUAAAAACAAGAAUCUUGAAUUUCAUUUUCAACAUCUGUGUAUUUAUUUAUUUAUUUUUUGUAUGCAUGUGAAACUUUGUGACAAUGAAGCACAUGUUGUAUUUGGCUUACUAGUUAACUUGCAUUAGAUUUUACUCUUAAGAUGAUACUGAAAGUGACUAAAUGGACUAUGAUAAAUAUAGCUCAGAUUCCAAGAGAAACUUACAUAUCUGUGCCUUUAACAUGCCAGCUUGGGCACAAUGAAAAUGUUUUAACAUAACUGUAUUAAGUCAGAAUUAUUUAUAUGUGUUAUGCUUCAAGUGUACGUUGUCCCCUAUUUAUCCAGCUAAAUGCUAAUGUAUAUGCUUUAUGAUAAAACACUGUUUUUAUAUCCAUUAAAGGAACAUUUGCUGCUGUUGUCAAUGUUGUAUGGCUGAACCUAUUGCUUUGCUAUUGGUAUUUAAUCAAAUAUUCUUCUUUUGGAAUCAGUUUAUUUAUCCUGCACAAGUGAUAUUGUUUGUAUGGUAUGUAAUAUGCAUAACAUGCUUAAUGUAACAUUGUGUUGCCAUUUCUUUAUUGUUUUUAUGUGAUUGUUAUCAUUAUCAGGUUGUUGCUACAAAUCAACUGCACUGAUUAUUUUGAGUUGUAAACUCAUUUGUCAUCUCAUUAAAGAGAACCAGUAUUAAUCA